AUGAGUCGCGGCUUCCGGCGCGCUCCUCUGGGGCAGCAGGGGGCGCGCAUCGGGCGCGCCUCGGCCGGCUCGGGUCCUCCUGGGGCCUGUGCGGCCCUGUGUGGCUGGAAAGAAAAUGGAGUAAGAGCCCGAGUCUGAGGGGCAGCCCUAACCCCUCUGACCGAGGUCCUGCCGGCUUCGCCGCCAGGAGCCUCUCUCUUCUCCGGACCCAGUGCGUUCGAGCGCCCCAGUGGCCUGGGCCCCGUGAGUGGAAUGGUCGCCGAGGCCCACGGCGUCGGGCUUCUGCCCGCCCAGUGAAGGGAACUGGGGAGCCUCGAGGGUCCCCGUUCUUCCUACUCCAGGCGCGGACAACUCCGCUUGGUGAGAGCAGGCAAAUGUGCAAUACCAACAUGUCUGUGUCUACCGAUGGUGCUGUAAGCACCUCACAGAUGCCAGCUUCGGAACAAGAGACCCUGGUUAGACCAAAGCCAUUGCUCUUGAAGUUGUUAAAGUCUGUUGGUGCACAAAAAGACACUUAUACUAUGAAAGAGGUUAUAUUUUACCUUGGCCAGUAUAUUAUGACUAAACGAUUAUAUGAUGAGAAGCAACAGCAUAUUGUGUAUUGUUCCAAUGAUCUCCUAGGGGAUUUGUUUGGAGUGCCAAGCUUCUCUGUGAAAGAACACAGGAAAAUAUAUACAAUGAUCUACAGAAACUUGGUAGUAGUCAAUCAGCAUGAACCAUCAGAUUCAGGCACAUCUGUGAGUGAAAAUAGGUGUCACCUUGAAGGUGGGAGUGAUCAAAAGGACCCUGUGCAAGAGUUGCAGGAAGAGAAACCUUCAUCUUCAGAUUUGGUUUCUAGACCAUCUACCUCAUCUAGAAGGAGAACAAUUAGUGAGACAGAAGAACAUUCAGAUGAAUUACCUGGUGAACGGCAGAGAAAGCGCCACAAGUCUGAUAGUAUUUCUCUUUCCUUUGAUGAAAGCCUUGCUCUGUGUGUAAUAAGGGAGAUAUGUUGUGAAAGAAGCAGUAGCAGUGAAUCAACGGGGACUCCGUCAAAUCCGGAUCUCGAUGCUGGUGUAAGUGAACAUUCAGGUGAUUGGUUGGAUCAGGAUUCAGUUUCAGAUCAAUUCAGUGUAGAAUUUGAAGUUGAGUCUCUCGAUUCAGAAGAUUAUAGCCUUAGUGAAGAAGGACAAGAACUCUCAGAUGAAGAUGAUGAGGUAUAUCGAGUAACUGUGUAUCAGGCAGGGGAGAGUGAUACAGAUUCAUUUGAAGAAGAUCCUGAAAUUUCCUUAGCUGACUAUUGGAAGUGUACUUCGUGCAAUGAAAUGAAUCCUCCUCUUCCACCUCAUUGCAACAGAUGUUGGGCUCUUCGUGAGAAUUGGCUUCCUGAAGAUAAAGGGAAAGAUAAAGGGAAAAUGCCUGAGAAAGCCAAAGUGGAAAACUCAACACAAGUAGAAGAGGGCUUUGAUGUCCCUGAUUGUAAAAAAACUACAGUGAAUGAUUCCAGGGAAUCAUGUGCUGAGGAAAAUGAUGAUAAAAUCACACAGGCCUCCCAAUCCCAAGAAAGUGAGGACUAUUCUCAGCCAUCAACUUCUAACAGCAUCAUUCAUAGCAGCCAAGAAGAUGUCAAAGAGUUUGAGAGGGAAGAAACACAAGACAAAGAAGAAAUCGUGGAAUCUAGUUUUCCCCAUAAUGCCAUUGAACCUUGUGUGAUUUGCCAGGGUCGACCUAAAAAUGGUUGCAUUGUUCAUGGCAAAACAGGACAUCUUAUGGCAUGCUUUACUUGUGCAAAAAAGCUAAAGAAGAGGAAUAAGCCCUGUCCAGUAUGUAGACAACCAAUUCAAAUGAUUGUGCUAACUUAUUUCCCCUAGUGGACAUGUCUAUAAAAGUAGAAUUCUAUAUUUCUAACUAUAUAACCCUAAAAAUUUAGACAACAUGAAAUUUUUUUUUACACAUAUCAAAGUGAGAAAGUAUCUCCGUACAUGUAGAUUUAUUUCUUCUCUAGUAUGAUUUACUUUGGGAAUGGGAAUAGUAAAUACUUCCUUUUAGAAAAAUUUCACUUCUGUUUAUAUUCUCUGUUUGGGUUUUAAUGUAAUUCGAGUUCGAUAUGUAGGUCAUCCUUAACCCCGCUACUCAUAUUUUAAAUGAUCCCCACUUUAUUAAAAUUUAGAGACGUAUCUGAUUUAAAAAAAUAUAAGUACAUUAAAUGUAAGUUAUGUACAUUCAGGGUAUGGAAUGCAGUGAUUAUGCUACUUAGAAAACAUUCAGAUCUGCAGAUGGUUUCAUUUGCCAUGCCUAUCCAUUAAAUUGUCUAAAUUUUUAGGUUUAGUAUACAUAAAUUAUUUAUUAAUUUACAAAUAAAAAUACUAAAUGUUUGAUUAA